AUGGGCUUCGGCGACUUUCAGACGAUUUGCGAAAAGGCUCCGCUGCCGCUAUGCGCUCUUGUGGGUCACCAGGACAUCAAUAAUGGCGUCGGCAUUCAGACCGAGUGCUAUGCGCGGACGGUCGAGAUUGCGAAUACCCUCAUCUUCGAGACGGCCAACGACUUUAUGCACAUCCUGGCCAUGGUCAUGACAGUCGUCAUGAUUAUCCAUGUGCGCUCUAAGUUCACGGCUGUUGGCCGAAAGGAGAUCACGUCGUUCUUUUACAUCUACCUCUUCCUCACCAUCAUAUCGCUCGUCCUCGAUGCCGGUGUCGCCGCCCCUGGUUCUGCCGCUUACCCCUACUUCGCUGCCGCCCAGAACGGCCUCGUCUCUGCGCUAUGUACCUGCUUGCUGAUCAACGGCUUCGUCGGUUUCCAGCUCUACGAAGACGGCACAACACUAUCAGUAUGGCUACUACGUCUCUCCACCCUCGUCAUGUUCAUCGUCGGCGGUGCUGUGAACCUCUUGACCUUCAAGGGCUGGGCCGGACUGAACCCCGGAAACCCUAUAGCUAUUUUUGUCGUUACUUACAUUGUCAACGCCAUUUGCCUCUUCGUCUACGCUGUCAGCCAGAUUAUUCUGGUUGUUGGAACCCUUGAAGACCGCUGGCCACUCGGUGAUAUUUCGUUUGGCAUCUUCUUCUUCGUUAUUGGUCAGGUCAUCCUCUACGUCUUCAGCGACACCAUCUGCGACCAAGUACAGCACUACAUCGAUGGCCUCUUCUUCGCCACUAUUUGCAACCUGCUCGCAGUCAUGAUGGUCUACAAGUACUGGGAUUCCAUCACUCGCGAAGACCUCGAAUUUUCCGUCGGCGUCAAGCAACACAACUGGGAGAUCAAAGAGCCCUUGGACUACGAAGACAAGCGCGGCACUAUGUACCAGCAAUCCGAGUACGAGCCAUCACUAUAUCAGCAACCAUACCACCCGCGCAACUCGCACUACUCCGCCGUUGGCCACUGA